AUGUCUUCCCGUGUCCUUGUCUCUGGUCUUCCUCGGUCUCUCCCUCCCCUACCUCAAGGGCCUGGCCCUACCUGCGUCCCCUGCUUCGAGGGGCGACAGCGCGCCGCCCCUCACUCCUACGAGUUUCCUCCGACAGAGGCUCCGCUGCAGACUCUACACAUGGACGUGUGGGGCCCAGCCCGCGUCAGUGGGCAAGGGAGAGAGCGGUACUUUCUGCUGGUCGUUGACGACUACUCGCGUUACACCACAGUCUUCCCCUUGCGCAGCAAGGGUGACGUCACUGAGCAAAAUGGGAUUGCUGAGCGCCGCAUUGGCAUGGUCAUGGACGUCGUGCGUACGUCCAUAAUGCAUGCGGCUGCCCCCCAUUUUCUGUGGCCGUUUGCAUUUCAGUACGCCACGCAUCAGCUCAACCUUCAGCCCCGGGUCUCCUUGCCAGAGACCUCCCCCGCCUUGCGGUGGACAGGGAAGGUUGGCGAGGUGUCUGCGUUUUGGGUCUGGGGAUCUCGUGCGUUUGUCCGCGACUUGUCUGCGGACAAGCUGUCCACCCGUGCUGUUCCUUGUGUCUUCCUUGGCUUCCCCCCCGACGCGCCUGGCUGGCGGUUUUACCACCCCACCACGUGCCGUGUUCUGUCCUCCCAGGACAUCACCUUUGACGAGUCGGUGCCUUACUACCGUCUCUUCCCCUACCGCACUGCGCCCCUCCCCCCGCCGCCGCUCUUCCUUGCGCCAGGUGCUACCCAGGUAGACCCUCUCCCUCCUCAGGGUCCUGCCCCUUCAGCCUGGGGGUGCUGA